AUGCCGACGAUAUUAUUACCCGCAUCUGCGGCUGCUUUUGCCCCGAGAUCCGACUGCAAUGUCGUACUGAACGCCAAAGCCGAACCUUGGUUGACAGCCACCUUGAAGAGAGUUAACAAGAUCAAGCGGCCAUUGAACAGUGUCCCCCAACACACGAGAUGUCUGACCGAGACCCUAUCGUCUGCCAAUGCAAUCUGGCAUCUGUGCUCCCUUAUGGUCCCGAAAGCGCCCGAGUCGGAACUACGGACUGACUCUAACCCUCUGGUGGAAGCCCUGUUCAACUAUCAAUUGAUCCACGUCGAGGCCUAUGUCGUCCAUGUUGACAUGGUCUCACAGAACGAGGUCGCCUUCAAGCUCACAUCAGACACUAUUGAAUCGCUGGUCGAAUAUCACAAAGACAUCUUCUCCGUCGACACGUCCGCCAAGACCUGGACUUGGUCUGAGAAGGAGCAACAGCUGAAGAAGUUACAGCAGGAGUUUGUUCAAGCCGCCAACAAGUUUGUCUACAGGACCAACGUUCACGCUCUAGAAGGAAUGGAAGAAGAAGGUGCGGGUGAACUCCUGUGUGGUCGCAGCGACGAAGUUCGGGCCGCCAUCACGGGACUCUAUGUACCACUUCUACCUCCUCCUCCUAGGAUCGUGGACGUUGUUCGGCCGACUCCUCUUCUACCGAGUUCUACAGGAGCUGAACAAUGGUGGCAUUCACAACACAUGCAAGCCAUGCAUCCAGCCCCCGUCGAGGCAUGGAAGAUUAUCCCGUCAAGUCCAAGCCCCGUCUCGUCCUGCGAUUCAAACCCGCACAUGUGGACGAGCGUUGGCGUACACGAUAUUCAGCUUCCAUCGCCGACUCCUUCGUUCAGCCAGCCAUAUACUUCAGCUGCAUAUGGUGCACCUCAAUACUACAGCGCGCCCGCUUACAGUGCUCCAGUCACUACCUCGUCAUUCGCAGCUCUGCCUUUGCCUAGCAUGCUGACGCAACACCAACCCUGCAGCACAACAGCAGGGCUAAGUGCGUUUGGUUGGGACCGGUACCAAGAAUACGCGAUGCCAUAUGCGACAGCAAUGUGA